AUGGAACUGGAAACCCUGUAUGCCCCGGACUUCAAGUGGGGCGGUUGCACUGACAACGUGCGCUACGGCAGCGUUUUCACGCGGAAGUUCGUGGACUCCAAGGACAAGUUCACUCGUGACGCCCGGGCCCAGAUGAACCUGCACAAUAACCGUGCUGGGCGAAAGGCGGUGAGGCGACAUCUGUCGUUGGACUGCAAGUGCCACGGGGUUUCCGGUUCCUGCGCAGUGCGGACUUGCUGGCAGAGACUGGAGAGCUUCCGUGGGAUCGGCGACUUCCUCAAGCGGAAGUUCGACAGUGCGACGGAAGUGACACUGAGCCCCGACGGCGCCGGACUCGUCGUCAGCAAUGCCUGGGCUGCUCAGCCACCCACCAAGGGCGACCUGGUGUAUUUCGAAGAGAGUCCAGAUUUUUGCGAAGCCAAUGCAGAA